AUGAAAUGGCUGCUUGAUGUGGUGUUUAUCGAUGCCUCCGUGCCAUGCGUCGCCACCGCUGUCGCAGUCGCAGCCAUCCGCCGUGCCAUCCGGUGGCUGUACAACCUGGUAAACGUGUGCAACCGUCGCAUGGGCGAACCUUACGAAAAGUGCCGCAAGCCGCUGGUGGACGCGUACGCCGACUGCUUGGAAAUGAUGCCCGACCUUCUCGAGUGGAUCUGCUCGCCUGUCAAAGCGGUCGAGCAGCUCUGUCACGUCGCGAAAGUGAUCACCGUCCUCUGUGCGAUACCGGCAAUGAUUAUUGACUUCGUCAAGGUACAAGUGAUCGACAGGAUCGAACGGGCGAUGCGCAGCUUCCUCGAGCGGGCCUACACGGCUUUCUACGUGAACGUGACUGUGACGCACCAGUACAACUACAGCCUCGAGUUCAGUCGCACACCCGCCGAGGUGCGUAGCCACGUGUUGGGAGAACUGCACGCGCGCGUCGCCAUCUUCACCGUUCUCUUCAGGUUGCUCAGCAACGGGGUCCUGGUCGGAUUCCUCUAUGUCGCGUACGGGGCGACCCAGUACCGUUACCGGUACCUGCAUGAGGACGACUUCGACAAUUACUACAUCACCUGGUUGGUAGAAGCCAUCGACAAGCGCCGGGCGCUUAUGGGUCUGGAGUCACUCCUGCCGCUGAAGACGUACGAGAGGCGCAGCUUCGUGGCGCCUUUCUCGGCACGCAUGACCCGCCACGAGCUGCACGGUCUGUGGGAGCAACUCUGGACGCUCGCCAUCAGCGCCGCGCACACGGCCGUGGCCCUGCUUUUGGACUACACUCUCUUUCGGCUCGUCGCAUUCGUCAGAGCGCUCGGCAAGAUCAACGUCGGCGCCGGACUGCCCACGCAAAUGAAGCUGCACGUUCAAGGCCGGGGCCCGUUGGCUGACAUGUACCGACAAGUCGCAGACUCCCUCAGCCCGUCAAGCCUUCUCGAGUCCACACUGCCAGCCACCAACGUGCAGAACUGUCUGCUGAGGCCAUACCCGCCAGACGUCGAUAUGUAUCAGUGGAUAGGCGUAGUGUACCUGCUCGGGGUUGCCCUGAUCGUGGGCCAGACUUACGGGCUUCGGAUGCGUCACGUGGUAGCAUCCGCCUUCCACCCGGACCGGGAGCGCGUCCGGGCCGCCUGGCUGCACGCGCACGUGCUCUCGCUGCGCACCGGCUGGCUGACGGGGGCGCGCAGGGCGCUGCGACUGCGCUGGGACGCCAGCGAGGGCAGGGCGCCCGGCCUGGUUGAUAUGCUGCUCGCGCGGUGCGUUUAUGCGUUUGGGCUCUGA